CCGAGACAUAAUAUCUUUGAGCAUUUCAAAAUUUCAAGUUAGCCAAGAGCACCUAUUUUCUCUUCUUAUCAUAUCAGAUUUGAUUACCUGCAGUAAUUGUAAGAAUGGGACACAACGAUCCGGAGAAGUCAGACGCCGCAGAAGAAGUGACACCGUGUUCACAUCCUCCAGAGCAAGAGCAGAGCACACUACCAAAGGUGGUGCAUACUGAGACCACAAAAGGCGCAGACCCCACACACUGUGACUGCGAGACUUGCCGACAUGAAGCCAAACGGAAAACACUGAUAAACAUCCAGCCUCCAACAGAUGCCAACCGCAUGGUGACAACUUGUCAAAUAAGCUAUGGGAAAGGUCAUCCCCAGUACAGGUCACUGAUGGCAGCUUUGACUGGGGCACCAGCAGAGGAGAGGGAAGGACUGGGGCCGGAGCCUCUGACAUACCGCUUGGUGCGGGCACUCUGCCCCUCAGCACAUCCUGGACAGGCCAUCUGCUCUCCAUACAUCCCUUCUGUUUGCCCAGGACCAGUAACUGAGCGAUUUGGACCAUUCCCAGGAGUUACAGAGUUCCAGGACACCAUCAGCAGCAAUGGCAUGCACAUAUGGCUAUCAUCUCAACAGAUCCGUGCUGCACGCCCACCCACUUGUGUUUGCUCUCCAGAGCCUCAAACUGGCAGCCAACCUGUGUGCUGCCAGCCUGAGGGCAAGCAAAGUGUUGCCUGUUAACAGAGGGACUUCAGACAUACGUGGCUCAGGUAUGUAAGUUCAAGAUUCUGUCAGAUAUUUGAUGCUCACAGUCAGCUCAACUGAGAAUCUCCAAGUUUUCUUCCUCUGUACAACUGCAAUGGCAUGACAUUUCUUCACAGAAACAAGUCUUAACCCAACACAAAGAUGGAAACCUCAACUGAAGACCACAGAAGACCACAACAGCCAACAUAGACAGGAAUUCCCAACUGAGCAGACCAAGUGUGUAACAGCUACUAGAAGAACUGAGUACAAAUACAACUCUACAUGUUAACAGAGCUAGGGCAACUGGGGACAGGAGCGUUGCCACAAUUUAACACACAAUAAGCAGUCCAAGGGUUAGUGGAGACCUCAGUCAGAAGACAGAUUCUGUUAGACAACUGCAAAUAAUGAUGAAGACUGUGAAAGCAGAAGACAGUGAGACAAUAACUUAGCUUUAAUUUCAAAUGAGUAGGAGAUUUUGUCCUAUUUGGGAAUGAUCCAGUUCAACCUGGGUUAGUAAUAAGUAUGAUAAAGACAUCUUCGUUUUGGUAAGA